CCCUCGCCUCACUGCUAUCAAGUCUUUCUCUUCUCAACAACACCAGUCUCUGCCUUUGUAAACUUGAAUUUCAAUUGCAUUCCGAGAGAUAAUUCGCGGAUAGGCAUUUUUACCUUGGGAACUCAACAAACAAUUCAUGGUUGAAGUGUUAAGCUGUAUUUGAAGACUCGCAUUCGGUGUUCCUGUUUUGAAGAAUGGCUUUCAUGGGAAGUGGAAAUUAUAGAAAUGGGACUCACAAAAACUCUCUCAAGUCUCUCUCGCUAAACUCUAACCUGAACUCUAACUCUAGACCUGCAGUCAAAUCCAAGUCAUUGCCGCCUUCUGGAAUCCGCAAGAGUAGCUCUUCCUUGCUCGCCGGUGCCACUGGAGCUGCUAAAGAUGAUGCAGGCGUUCCUGGAAGGGUUCGAGUGGCUGUAAGAUUGCGGCCCCGUAAUGCAGAGGAACUGGCAGCAGAUGCUGACUUUGCUGAUUGCGUAGAGUUACUGCCAGAGCUUAAAAGAUUGAAGCUUCGAAAAAAUAAUUGGGAUUCUGAUACCUAUGAGUUCGAUGAAGUGCUCACUGAGUUUGCAUCGCAAAAACGUGUUUACGAAGUUGUUGCUAAGCCUGUUGUGGAGAGUGUUCUGGAUGGUUAUAAUGGGACAGUCAUGGCAUAUGGGCAGACUGGUACUGGUAAAACAUAUACACUUGGACGGCUUGGAGAGGAGGAUACCGCUGACCGUGGGAUAAUGGUGCGUGCUAUGGAAGAUAUUUUGGCAGAUGUUUCUUUGGAGACUGAUUCUCUCUUUGUCUCCUACUUGCAGCUUUAUAUGGAGACCAUACAGGACCUUCUUAAUCCUUCUAAUGAUAAUAUUACUAUUGUGGAAGACCCAAAAACUGGAGAUGUGUCAGUACCUGGGGCUACAAUGGUUGAGAUUAGAGACCAGCAAACUUUUGUUGAGCUCUUAAGGUUGGGAGAAGCUCAUCGCUUUGCUGCAAACACAAAACUGAAUACUGAAUCUUCUCGCAGUCAUGCUAUUCUAAUGGUACAUGUAAAGAGAUCAGUCAAGGGAAGAGAUUCAGCUCUUUCAAGUGAAAAUGGUGGCAGCUCCCACAUGGUUAGAACUCUUAAGCCCCCUGUUGUUCGGAAGGGCAAGCUGGUUGUAGUAGAUCUUGCUGGUUCAGAGCGGAUUGAUAAAUCAGGGAGUGAAGGACAUACCCUAGAGGAAGCCAAAUCUAUCAAUCUGUCUUUGAGUGCAUUAGGGAAGUGCAUUAAUGCAUUGGCAGAGAAUAGUGCUCAUGUUCCAGUUCGUGAUUCGAAGCUUACUAGAUUGCUUCGUGAUUCAUUUGGAGGCACAGCGAGAACAUCGUUGGUGAUUACUAUUGGUCCAUCUCCACGUCAUCGAGGAGAGACAGCUAGCACUAUAAUGUUUGGGCAGAGGGCCAUGAGGGUGGAAAAUAUGCUGAAAUUAAAAGAAGAAUUUGAUUAUAAAAGUUUGUCUAGAAGGCUAGACAUACAGUUAGACAAACUCAUUGCAGAGAAUGAAAGGCAGAAGAAAGUGUUUGAUGAUGAAAUUGAAAGAAUAAACUUAGAAGCAGAAAAACGGAUUGCUGAGGCUGAAAGAAACUAUGCGGAUGCUCUAGAAAAGGAAAGAUUGAGAUAUCAGAAAGAUUACAUGGAAUCGAUAAAGAAGCUUGAAGAAAAAUGGGUGAUGAAUCAGCAGAAACUGGGCAGUGAAGUUGGAUACAAAGAUGAUAGUCCAGAUAUGUCAUCUAACGGGAAGGGGACUACAGUUUCUGUGAAUAGGGAAAUUACAGAAGUGAAAAAGCUGCUUCAAGAAGAAACUGAAUUGAGGAAGGCUGCUCAACAAGAAGUAAAUAAUCUUAAAAGUCAAUUGGCUCAAUGGAAAAAGUCAGAAGCAUCAGGAAAUUCUGAGAUCUUAAAACUUCACAAAAUGUUGGAAGAGGAGGGGCAUAAAAAGGAGAAGCUUGAAAGCGAAAUAGCAACACUACAAAGUCAGUUAUUGCAAUUGAGUUUUGAAGCUGAUGAGGUAUGGUUGUAAGAUCUCCAAACAUGUUUGUUAUAAAUUUCUUGGCACUCUUUUCCAAAUGCUUUGUUUGCUAAUUUUGUUGCAUCUAAAUUAAUAAUCCUCAUGAACUUCUUUCGAUCUUUUCCUUUCCCAUAAUCAUUUAUCUAUGUUCGUUAGUUCAGGGUUCCCUUUUCUGUAUGGUUUUUUAAUCAAAC